ACAAGGAACUUCAACAUUUUUAAUUAUUUCAAUCGUGUGUACAGUUUUGCAUUUAAUGGGCCUAUAGUCAGUUACCCUGUGUUCAUCUAGGUACAGUCUAAGGUUAAAUUUUCAACAUGACCAAUAACUUUGUCAAACCAUCAAGGAAUUUUAUGCAAAUUGGACAGAGGCUUUUUUAAGACCAAAAGACAGUUAGCAUAGUCAUGAUGGUUGAUGUACUAUGGACUUUCGUAGAGUAACUGGGCCAUUUAUUCAUAAUUCAACAAUCAAUGAGGAACAGACUAUAAAUCAUGAUAGGAACAAAUCAAAAGAUGAACAAGGUGAACAUGCUAAUAGUAAUGAAGCCAGUUUUUUGGAAAUAGCAGAACGUCUGUUGGGUAAAUCUGAAAUGGUGUCGUUAAGACAAGUUAAUGAAGAACUAAAAAGCACAGAGAUAGCUUGUGAUAUUGAGUCUGGAAAUAUAAAUACAAUGAAAGGAGAGAUCAUCUUACCAGGAACAACUACAGAGAACAAAAAUACUUUUCAAUAUAGAUUAAAUGGAAUUGACUUGCAAAAAACAGGGGAAAGUUCAGAUACAUGUAAUAGAAAUGAUCAAUUUAUUGACAAUAUCAUGAAUGUCAAUCAAAGUUUUGAAGACGAAAAUUCCAUGACUGAAAAUACUGAACAAAAUAAACUGUAUGUAAUGGAAUCAGAAAAGCCUGAUACAAACUAUUCACAAUAUACCGUGGAGAACAUAAAAUCAAACAACCAAGAUAAUCACUCAUUAGGAGACCAUUUAACCAAAAUUUUAAACCCCAGCUAUAGUCAUGAUAGUCAUGAUAGUGAUUCAGAUUCUAUUGAAGAAGAAUUAGAACAGAAUAGAAAACAGUCUGUUGAUAAUGACAUUAAGAAGUCAGUUCAAGAAAAUGUAGCUAUAAAAUUUGACAAAGGAAGCCAAACUUUUAUGUAUUUAUCAUCUCCAAACCAAUCAAAUCCAAAGGAUAUGGGGUCUAUAUCAAAGAAAUUUGUCCCACAGACUGAAACAUGUAUCUCUGAUAGAGAACUUCCUUAUAAAUGUAAAUUUUGUGAUCAAACUUUUAGUCUAUUUACUCAGUUGAAAAGACACACACAAAUUCACACCAAAGAUGCACCAUUUACUUGUGAAACUUGUGGCCGUGUUUACAGGAAUGAGACAGAGCUAAAGAAACAUAGGAAGAAGCAUGAUGGCGUAAGACCACAUGUCUGCAAAGAAUGUGGUAAAACAUUCAGACAGCUUCACCAAUUACAAAACCAUGAAAGAAUACAUAGUGGCGAAAAACCGUUCUUGUGUGAAACUUGUGGUCAAGGAUUUGGACAGAAAGAAAAUCUCAGACUUCAUGAGCGUACACAUUCUGGAUUUAAACCUCAUAAGUGUGCUAUAUGUGGCAAAACUUUCAACAAUACUAAAUGUCUUCACCGGCAUGAACUUACACACUCUGGUGAACGUAAUUUCCCUUGUACUAUUUGUGGAAAAUCCUAUUUGAGGAAUGAUCAUCUAAGAAGACACAAACGUUCACAUGGGGAGGAACCACGUUUCAGAUGUUCCUUCUGUGGUAAGGGCUUUCAUCAAAAGGUCAAUGUGGAAGAACAUGAAAGAAUACAUACUGGCACUAAACCUUUUACUUGUGAAGUAUGUGGAAAGGCAUUCACCCAAAGAGGAAAUCUCAAAUCUCAUCUUAUAAAACAUUCCUUUGUAUGAUACCUUAUUCAAAUUGAAAAUGUUGUCAGAUGAUGUAUUUCUUGCUUGAUAAAACAAUUGACUUUGUGUUGUAUGUUUUAACAUGUUUAAAUAGAGUUGUAUAAUGGUAUGGCAUUGGUAUCAGUAUAGUUUCUAUGGAACAUUUUUUGUUCUAGCUAGUUUAUCCUUACAUGUACAUGCCUUAUACAGAUACUUGGUUCAGCAAAAAUGAUCAACAAGAUAUAUAGAAUUUUGGACCAAGCAAACAUUCUUAUUGUACUGUAUCAACAAUUAUCUAUUUUAUUAAAAAAAAUGACAGGUGA